GGUGGGGAUGGAAGUGGGCUAACCAUUGCCCAUUUCCUGGGAGUCUCCCAGAGAGGAGCAACAGCUGCAGAGGUCGCUGCUAACAGAGAGAGCUCUCUACCCCUCUCUCUGUCUCAGUCUGCGUGUGGAAUGGUAUCGCCACCGACGAGGCACCGACUGAAUCCCUGUCCAACAGCAAGGCGGGGAGACUAGAUCCCGGUCCGUGUUCCACCGUGUGCACACACACACACACACACAGAGAGAGCCCGCCUGUUCCUCAGCACCAGCCCCUUCCCCAGUCUUACAGAGGGCAGCGUGCCGCAGACACCAUGGAAGCAUGCAUGUUUGUUCUGUGCUGUGGCCUCGUUCAUCUGGCUGUUGCUGGAAAUUCUACUAAUAUGGAGAAAGAUGAGUUUUAUUACGAUUACGAGACACUGCGGAUUGGAGGCCUCGUGUUUGCUGUCAUACUGUUUACUCUUGGGAUCCUGCUGAUCUUGAGCCGGAAAUGUCGUUGCAGCUUCAAUCAGAAGGCCAGAUCUCCCAAUGAUGAGGAGGCCCAGGCAGAAACACUGAUCACCAACAAAGCAACGGAAGCAGCAGCCAAAGUGGAGAACGAAGGUGUAGAUGGGAUAGAAAAAUCAGCAACUUCCAUCAUAUCUUUGGGAGCCACAACAUCUACCAUUGAAGAGGACAAAGACAGCCUGGGAACACCACAGCAGCAUGCUUCCCUCAAACCACACACCACACUGAUUGAGAAAUGUAUCAGCCAUUCCCUCAUGGUCAUUGGGUCAAAAUCCUGGAACAUCUUCCUUAAUGAAAUUGUGGGCAUCCCUUCUCUAAAGGGACUGCUGUUGUUCAAGAAGGUUUUGGAAGACCCCUCCAACAUCGCUCCCGACUCGCUGCACAAAGAAUUGAAGCUCCAUUCAGAACUCUGCUCUAUGCAGUACCAAGGUCUUCACAGGACUAAAACACUACGCAAAGUUAAAAAUGAAAUGCAAAUCUUUCACUCAGCUAAGGAACAUCUUCGCCACACUUGCUCGCUGACUCUCUGUCGCUUGUACAUCACCAGCGCCAUGUCACACACUGACUUAUCCGAUGCUCGCUUCUCAUAUGAUUAUGAAACUGUUCGGAAAGGGGGUUUGAUCUUUGCUGUUGCUGCAUUCUUCGUGGGAAUAGCCAUUAUCCUGAGCAGAAAAUUCCGAUGUAGAGGCAAACCACUCAAAAGAUCCCAGGACGAGGAUGAGCUUUAGCAGACCUUUAGGUUCGUGCUGUGAGGCUGGAGAUUUGAUUAUCACCACAAUCAAACUCAGAACAAAACAGCCACCGGAAAUAUCAUCGCAGCAGUAGUCUGGGAUCGCUGCUUCAUUAUCAUUGUCCUGAGCAUCUGAGGGGGCUGGAAAUCUUUAAUUCUAUCCAAACUCUCAGUUCACAGAUACCAGGUACCAACAGAAACUGCCAGGCACCUCCCUGAGCCAUGAAAUUAGAAAACCACUGAAUUAACAUGUAGGAGAUGAAUAAAUGUAACCUGACCCUUAA